UCCCAAACAGGCCCUUAUUUUUUCGUCAGGACACAGAAAGGAAAACCAGAAGAGUUUAAUCAGACGCGGUUCUUUUUUCUUGCAAAAAAAAAGUUAAUCGAAUUUGUCUCUUUCGAGAUCAUUUCCUGGAAAAAUAAAUCUAAUCAACUCCAAAACCCCCCCUGAAAUUCCAAAAACCCAAGAAGAAGAAUAAGGAAAUAUUCCAAUAUUUCUCUUAAAUCGAUGAAUACGUCGCACUUUAUGGACAAGCAGAUAAUGGAUUUAUCGUCAUCCUCAUUAUCUUCUUCGUCUCACAACGGCAAGGAUUUCAUCGAUCUAAUGAACUUGCCACAGGAAGAAAAUCAUCAGAGGCAACGGAGUGGUGUGAUUGAUGACGGUGCUGGUGAUAAUGGAUUUGAUAGUCAGAAAGAAGAGAUCAUGCCCAGCUACGAUUUCCAGCCGAUUCGUCCAAUCAGUGGCUUGUCUCAGUCGGCUACGAAUCUUGCCGGAUCUGUCAAUAGUCCUAGGGUUUGGAACUCUGCUGAUUCGAAGCCAAAUUCUGCUUCGCCUAAUUAUGGAUCUCUGGACUCUAUAGAACCUGCAAAACUCAUUCUGGAGAAGGACCGAAGUGUCUCUGACACAGCAAUAGUCUCUGAGAUUGAUAGAGUGAUGAAGAAGCACACUGACAAUUUGCUUCAUGCCAUGGAAGGUGUCAGUGCACGUCUGACACAGCUAGAGACCAGAACUCGCAACCUUGAGGUUUCAGUGGAUGAUUUGAAGGUCUCUGUUGGAAAUAAUUAUGGAAGUACGGAUGGGAAAAUGAGACAGAUGGAAAACAUCCUCAGAGAGGUGCAAACAGGGGUCCAGGUUUUAAAGGAUAAACAAAAUAUAGUGGAGGCUCAAUUUCAGCUUGCAAGGCUCCAUGUGACCAAGUUAGACCAGCAACCAGAAACAGAAAGCACUACGCAGAUUGAUUCUGUUCAGCCAGCAGCAUCUGCACCUUUGCAAUCCCACCAGCAACUUCCUUCUCCCCCAUCUUUUCCACAAUCACAUCCUCCCGUUCCUCCUCCAGCACCCAUGAUUCUUCCUCCAGCGCUUCAUCAGCAGAAUCUGCCGACUCCAGUUCAGCAUCCGAGCCAAUUCCCUCAGGGUCAGGUUCCACCUGUUCCACAACGGGAGCCUUAUUUCCCGCCCCCUGGUCAAGCCCAAGAAGCGUCAAAUCAACAACAAUACCAAUUGCCUCCUACUCAGCAGUCACUGCCUUCCGCCGUUGCACCAUCUCAUCCGACUCCUGCUGCACCACCGCAUCCGGGUCCUGCUGCACCACCGCAUCCGGGUCCUGCUGCACCGCCAAAUCUUGGUCCUGCUGCACCACCUCAUCAGCCAUAUAAUCUUGGUCCUCAACCACAAUACUCUCAGCCGCCCCAGCAGCCUCAACUUCAGCCUCCAAUGGGUCAUCAUCCUGAAGAUGCACCUUAUAUUCCUUCUCAGAACUAUCCACCAAGCCUCCGCCAGCCUCCUUCUCAGCCACCCAGUGGACCCACACCCACCCAACAGUAUUAUGGGGCUCCUCCUCACGUGUAUGAGUCUCAAUCUAGUAGAUCAAAUUCAGGUUUUCCUACUGGAUAUAGCUCACAACCUGGGCCAAGCGAACCUUUCCCAUAUGGCGGAGCACACCCUCAGUUUGGUAGUAACCCCACAAUGAAACCACAGCAACUUGCUUCCCCUGCUUUGCCUCAGAGUAGUGGAAGUGGUUAUCCACAGCUUCCAACUGCCCGGAUAUUACCUCAUGCUCUGUCAACUGCUUCUGGGGUUGGUGGCGGAGGUUCCUCUGGAUCAGGGAACAGGGUUCCCCUUGAUGAUGUAAUUGACAAAGUCACCAGCAUGGGGUUCCCGAGGGACCAUGUAAGAGCAACAGUGCGAAACAUUACAGGCAUCCUUACUCUUCUUCUCUGUUUUGCUGAUUGGAAUAUUGGACCUUCUGCCCCUUUGAACUUCAGUGAUUCUGGAAUGAAUGUGAAAUGA